AUGGGUUGCACCAUGUCACAGGAAGAGCGGGCGGCUCUCGAACGUUCCCGAAUGAUCGAGAAGAACCUCAAAGAGGAUGGUAUGCAAGCUGCCAAGGACAUCAAAUUGCUGCUGUUGGGUGCUGGUGAAUCAGGGAAAUCGACCAUCGUGAAGCAAAUGAAAAUCAUUCAUGAAUCUGGUUUCACAGCCGAAGACUAUAAACAGUAUAAACCCGUUGUCUACAGUAAUACGGUACAAUCACUUGUUGCCAUACUUCGGGCUAUGGCCAAUCUUUCCGUGCCAUUUGGUUCUUCAGAACGGGAGGUUAGUAAGGUUUACAAUCAUUUUUCCCAUUUUUCCUUUUUUUGA